GAAAAAAAAAGGGUUAAAAGGGGAGACGAGAAGCAAACAAGCCUUUGUUAUCCACUGUAGCACGAAACCCCCCCCUUCUUCUUCUUCUCCACAUCUCCGAUCUUCAGCCACUUCCAAACUCGCACGCUCUUGAUCGGGUUUUGAUUCCGAAUAUUUAGCUCCAAAUCCAACCCUAACCCUAACCCCAACAAUCGAUUCGUUUAUUUUUCAGACUAGUGAUUAGGGUUUCAAUUCGGGGGAUGGCUCCGGCGGCGGUGAAGCCGGGGAAGCAGGGCGGCGGAGAAGAGGGGAGAGCGAUGUCGAACAAUCUCUGGGUCGGGAACAUCGGGAGGGACGUCACCGACUCCAAUCUGUACGACCUGUUCUCCCAAUACGGCGCGCUGGACGGCGUGACGUCAUACUCGACGCGCAGCUACGCGUUCGUGUUGUUCAAACUCAAGGAGGAGGCCGCGGCGGCCAAGGAGGCUCUGCAGGGCACUCCGGUGCGGGGGCUGCCCAUUAAGAUCGAAUUUGCUCGACCGGCAAAACCAUCUAAGAAGCUAUGGGUUGGUGGAAUUAGCCCAUCUGUGUCAAAGGAAGAAUUAGAAGAAGAAUUUCUCAAGUUUGGGAAAUUGGAGGACUUUAAGUUCCUUAGAGAUCGAAAUACUGCAUGUCUUGAAUACUGUAGAUUGGAGGAUGCUUCUGAAGCAAUGAGAAAUAUGAAUGGGAAGCGAUUGGGUGGUGACCAAAUGCAAAUACAUGUGGAUUUUCUCCGAUCACAACCUGCGGCCUUAAGAAGAGAACAGUUGCCUGACUACCGAGAUGGACAGUUUCCAGGCAGGGGUAUCAUGGGACCUGCUGCUGAUUCACAUUCUGGUCAUAAAAGAAAACAGCAUUAUUCUCAACUUCCAGGCCAGACCAGUAGCUCAGUUCUGUGGGUUGGGUACCCUCCUUCUGUCCAAAUUGAUGAACAAAUGCUCCACAAUGCUAUGAUUUUGUUUGGUGAGAUUGAGAGGAUUAAAAGUUUCCCUUCAAGGCACUACUCAUUUGUCGAAUUCAGGAGCGUAGAUGAAGCUCGACGCGCGAAGGAGGGUUUGCAAGGUAGACUUUUCAAUGAUCCUCGGAUUACAAUUAUGUUUUCAACCAGUGAUUUGCCACCAGCUGGCGCAUACCAACCGGGAGGUGGUAAAUGGUCUGCUCCUAGACCUGAUAUGCAUCUAUAUAAUGAACACGCAAUCAGCAACUUAGGUCCUGGGAAUCUACCACAAAGUCCAACUGGUAACUUUCUUGGACCAAAUGACGUUCCAAUGAGGCCUUUAGGUUCUCUACCUCCAGGUAGAUUUGAUGAUCUGCAUUAUUAUCAAGAUGUCAGUUCCAAGAAGAGCCGACUUAGUCCACCCGUUGUCAGGGGAAUAGUUGGAGGUCCUAGGCCUCCUGAUGAUGAUCACAUCUGGCGUGGCAUUAUUGCCAAGGGUGGAACACCAAUAUGUCGUGCUCGCUGUGUCCCUGUAGGCAAAGGGAUACGAAUUGAGAUUCCUGAAGUUGUCAACUGUUCAGCUAGAACUGGAUUGGAUAUGCUGACAAAACACUUUGCUGAGGCCAUUGCAUUUGACAUUGUGUUCUUUUUGCCAGACAGCGAAGAUGAUUUUGCUUCCUAUACUGAAUUCCUCCAUUAUCUGGGUGCGAAAAACCGGGCCGGUGUUGCAAAGUUUGACGAUGGGAUGACAUUAUUUUUGGUACCUCCUUCAGACUUCCUGAAGAAUGUUUUGAAAGUUGCCGGCCCCGAACGUCUGUAUGGUGUGGUUCUCAAGUUUCCAGAGCAAGAUCCUAGUGCUGCUUCCAUUCAGCAACCAUCGCAUCUACCCAUUGAAUCUGCACAAUAUAUAGAUAAACAACAGAUUCCACCUAUGCAUGCGGAGUAUAGUAUUCCAUCGAAGGAUGAAUAUGGUUUCCCUAUAGAAUAUUAUAACAGGGUUUCAAGUGAGGAACCAAAGCUUUCUACAAAACCACUCUAUCCACCUACUAGCAAUUCCUCUAUGGUGCAGUCAGUAAGCCAAGAUUACUCUUCUAGAUAUAGUAAUACUGGUGCAGUAUCUCAAGCUGGACAUCCAUUAUUAACACCUGAACUUAUUGGCUCUCUGGCGAAUUUACUGCCUGGAAAUGCACAGCUGCCUUUGCCAAAAGGUCCGAAGCGGGCAUGGGAAACAAGAUCAGCUGUUAGGCCCUCAUUUCCUGGAUGGAAACAAGAUCAACAAAUUUCUGAUCACAGCGCUCAUGCACUGCAACAGUUAGGUAGUCAGUUCAAUCCACAAGAACAAAUUCUUCCACAGUACCAGCCUACUUAUCCAUCCGGUUCAAACACCUCAAAUUACCACUCUGCCCCACUGGUCCUUGGUAGCACCCAAAUGUCAGAUUCUUCUGUCAGUCUGCCUCUGCCGCAGGCUACAAAUUCAUCUAGGCCCUUGAGUAAUUUUAUGGCACCUUCUCAAGGUGGACAGAUUACUGGAUCCUUGCUUCCUAAUCAUCAAAGUUAUUUGGCUGAAGCUUCUCCUGUCAGCAAUUAUAUGGCUUCCUCUGGUGGUAAUUUGCAGUCUGAUCGGACCAUUGUGCCAUCGGGACCUAACAAAGUUAACCCAGAAUACCCAAAUCAGAUGCAGCAGGUUCAUUCUGCGCUUAUAGGUGCUGGUCAGAGUACCUCAGAGGGUGAGGCAGACAAAAAUCACCGCUACCAGUCCACGCUUCAAUUUGCUGCUAACCUUCUUCUCCAGUUACAACAGCAACAACAGCAGCAGGAAACGGGUAGUCAAGCAAGUAGAGGGUCUGGAAGUCAACAAUGAUACUCCGGAUAGGUAUCUUCUCUAUGACAUAUACUAUUCUUGAAUGCAUGUAUCUGUUGGCUGAUUUUAGAAGAAUGCAUAUUCAUGGUGCUUGCUUCUUGUGUAAAUAUUAUAGGAUUACAGUUUAGCACGGUAUGUUUCCUGUCAAGCUAUAUGCAUAAGGAGCUAGCACAGUGCCCAGCUAUUUGUUUCUGUCUUGACUAUUCAAGAAAUGUGUUAGUUCUUAUGGCGGUAACAGUCAGUUAGCUAAUUGAUUGCUUAUUUCAUUGAUAUGUUUAUAUGUGGUACCACUUUUAGUUGCAUAACAUUGGGUUGGUACGAGUAUCCCUAAAAAAAUUUGAUUCUUGUUUCCUAGCUAGUUUGGUUUCUUGCAAUAUUUCGACUUCUAGAGUUUCACUGUGAUUUCUGUGUUUGUCUAGAUAUAAUAUUAUCUUUAUCUUAUAGAGUUACUAGGGACAAUUUUAAGGUUAACAAGGUGGUUAUGGUAGGGCUAAAUUAGAAUGGUGCUACUCUUGUAAUGAUUGAAACAAUGAUUUAAGUUCAGAUAAAAAAAGAAGUGAUGGAC